CCUCUCAAAUCUAUUUCUCUCUCACUCUUCUCUUUCUCUCUCUCCGUUCCCUCUCCUGCCUUCAGAUCUAUGAAAUUUACUUCCCUUGCCCUGACACUCCAAAUGCCGCCCUCGAUCUGUUAGAUCUACUUCCAUUGUAUUUUAUUACAAAAUGAAGAAAAAGUCUAAAUUCAGACACAUUUUCUGUAUUCGCGGGCAGGCUGAGGUAACUUUCUUGAUGACGAGCUAUUUUCAAGGGCUUAUUCAGGACUUCAUGAGGUAUGGGAUGAAAAUGUCCGUCAUUGGUGAUAAAUCAAAUCUUCCAAGUUCUCUUAAAGAAAUGAUAAAACUAGCUGAAGAAACAACAAAGGACAAUACAGGGCUUCAUUUUGUGGCAGCACUUAACUAUGGUGGUAGAUAUGACAUAAUACAAGCAACUAAAAGAAUUGCUAGCAAAGUUAAGGAUGGAGUUAUUCAAUUAGAGGAUAUUGAUGACAAAUUAAUUGACCAAGAAUUAGAGACUAAUAAGUGUUUAGAAUAUCCUAAUCCUGAUUUACUCAUCAGAACAAGUGGAGAGCUGAGAAUUAGCAACUAUAUGUUGUGGCAAUUGGCUUAUAGUGAAUUCUACUUUAUGGAUAAGUUGUUCCCUGAAGUGGAUGAAGCUGAUUUUGUAGCAGCUUUAAGGUCUUUUCAGCAAAGGCAAAGGCGUUAUGGUGGACACAAAAUUUAAUAGCAGGACAGCAAUAAAAGAGUUUUAAUGUUUAUUAUUGAUGUUUGUAAUCUUAUGCAAUAAAACUCUCAGCAUGUUGCUAUAGCUUCUUUUAUGUUGUGAUGGAUUUCAAACCUUGAACUUUGAUUUGACAUGUUCGUACUGUAGCAAGCUAAAUUUACAACCA